AUGGACGAGUCCGACAAUCUCGAGGCUCUUUCCAACUUGCUCACGCGGCUCUCGAGCAACCCAUAUGAUCUCUCGCUGCAUAUCCAGCAUGUCAGGCUGGCUUCCGCGACUGGGAUGGACGAGCAGGUGAACGAGGCUCGAGAGAUGUUCGCGAAUUUCUAUGCCGUGCCCGACGAGAUCUGGGUGCCGCUGAUCGAGGCAAAGGAGAAAGCUGUCGAUUUGGCGACAGCGGAAGGAGUGAAGGAGAUACUGGAACUGUAUGAACGCGCAGAGGGAGACUACUUGUCUAUCCCGAUCCUUCGAAAGCAUAUCCAGUUCCUGAUUGACCGGCACACCUUCUGCCUGGCGAAUACUGACGCGUCAGCAGAGCUGAAGGAGCUGUUCUCGACCGAGGCUACACUCAGUGCCAUAUCCUCCGUAGUGUCAAAGGGCGUCGGGCAUGUAACCGAGAGCCACUUGCUAUGGGACUUGCAACGCGACUGGGAGCACGAGCUUCUGGAACGCGCGCAGGGAGUCGAGCGAGAACUUCUCAUUGGCCAUCUCCACUCUGCAUACCUGACACGGUUGCAACAACCUCAUUGCAAUCACGAUGAGACAUUCCAAUCCUACUCUACCUUCACGACGAACUAUAAGUCACCACAAGAGUACGAAUCCCUCCUCGUCUCUGCAUCUAAACUCCGUUCGCGGGCGGUGAAGGCAUAUGAACGCCGAGAAUCGUACGAGUCCCAGCUGAGACAAUCGAAAUACGCUCUCGAGACCUACGCGUCGUACAUCGCCUCUGAGCGGCGAGCCCGCAACCCCGACGCAUUCAUCCUGACAGCGCUGUACGAGCGUGCGAUCGCAGAGGCUGCAAAGAGGGGGGUAUCGGAGGAUAUGAACGCGGCGCAGGUGUUGAGGAUGUUCUGGAUAGGAUAUUGCGACUUCCUCAGACAGGACGACGCUGAGGAUACUGUUCAGUUGAAGGUAUUGAAGAGAGCUACGAGGAGUGUGCCUGGAAGCGGUGAGGUCUGGGCACGUUACUUCAGGUUCUUGGAAAAAAUCGCGGACGACGAAGAGCCGGAUGAAGAUCUGGAUAUCCCAGAGAAUGUGGCAGACGCAUAUACGCGUGCAAUGUCGACGAACUUGAUUCAGAAAGACGUGGAGCAGAUCAUCCCCGUCGUACUUGCUCGAGCUGGGCACUGGAAGCGGCAGAUUAUGAGCGGCAAAGCAGAGCCAGAUUUGGAAGGACUGAUUAAAGUCUUGGAAGAAGGCAUUGCUAUGGUUCGAAAGUCUUCGAAGACAGGAGACAGUGGCGGCCUAAGAUUGGAGAAAUACUUGGCGGAUAUGUAUGUCAACCUGUUCGAGCUGCCCGACCGAGCCGCCGCACUCUGGGAGGCCACUGCUAAGCAUUACAAGACGAGCUAUUUGGCAUGGACAUUGUAUGCGGAAGCUCUAAUCAAACAGAAUCAGUACGACCAAGCCCGAGCAGUGUACGUGGACGUAUCAACCAAGAACGUCGACUGGCCUGAGGCCAUCUGGCAAGCAUGGCUCUCCUUCGAGCAUCUGUACGGAUCCGUCGACGAGAUUGAGAGAUGCAUGGAUAAGGUAGAGAGGGCGCAGGGGCAGGUGAAUGCACGGCGGGCAAGGGAAGCGGAGAAGGCGUCGUAUCAGGCGUACCAGAUGGCAACAGAGCAGCAGGCUACCAGCGUUCCUGUAGCGGAAGUGCCGCCUCCGCAAGCCGGGGAUAAUGCCGCUGCUCCUGCCGCUGGGGAGGCUAUGGACGUGGACGUGCCUACCUCAGUAGACGGCGGGAGCAAGAGGAAGGCAGACGAGAGCCCUGCUCCCGAGGGUAGCAAGAGACCGCGAAUGGAGUCCAGGCCGCCGACGCUGAAAAGGGAUCGUGAGAAUUGUACAGUCUUCGUGACCGAGCUUCCCCCUGAAACAACGGAGGCUGAGCUUCGAGCCAUGUUCAAAGACUGUGGUGAUAUACGCGAGAUCAAGGUCACGAAUCUCCCCGAUGCGGUAGUUGCUACCGUUGAGUUCUCAGAGAGAGAAAGCGUCCCUGCUGCCCUUACUAAGGAUAAGAAGCGGAUCCGGGAACAAGAGAUCGCUGUGAACAUGGCUUGGCAGUCGACUCUAUAUGUCACGAACUUCCCAGAGAAGGCAGAUGAUGCUUUCAUCCGAGACAUCUUUGGGAAGUACGGUCAAAUAUUCGAGACUCGCUGGCCCAGCAAGAAAUUCAAGAACACAAGGCGGUUCGUAUAUGUGCAAUACAUCUCUCCUUCUUCAGCGAAAGAAGCUCUACUGCUACAUGGUAUUGAGCUGGAGCCGGGUUUGCCGUUGAAUGUUUACAUAUCUAAUCCUGAGCGGAAGAAGGAACGAACGGAUGCUGAUGCCGACGCUCGGGAGGUGUAUGUGGCAGGCUUAAGCAAAUUCACUACGAAGGAAGAUCUGGAAAAGAUAUUCAGAACGUAUGGACCUGUCAAGGACAUCAGGAUGGCACAGGAUGAAUCUGGAAGGCCCAAAGGCUUUGCGUUCGUGGAGUACGAGUUGGAGAAAGACGCACUGGCCGCACUGGCUGCGAAUAACCAUGAGCUCAAGGGCCGUCGUAUCGCUGUAACGUUGGCUGAUACCCGACGCGCAAAAAAGAGUCACGAGGCCGGCUCGCGUAGCGAAGUCAGGAGUAGAUCUGUGCGCCUUCGGAACCUCCCGCCUGGCACGCAAGAAGGUCUGCUGCAGCAGGCUCUAGAGAAAAUCGCCCGCGUCAAGCGGGUGGAAGUCUUUGCUAAUCUUAACGAGGCAGUCGCAGAACUUGAUAAUCCUGCGGAAGCGGGAAAGCUCCUUCUAUUGCCAAAUCCCAUCACGUUCAAUGGGAAUGUCUUGGACAUAUCUGAAGAGACCGGCUCUGGUUCAAGGCCUGCUGCGCCUCCACCUAAGGCUGGUGGGCUGUUUGUACCGCGCGCGGCAGUAUCCAGACCGAGAGCUGGAUUGGGGAAACAACGGAAGCCAGUCGCUGUGGGUUCGCAGAGUUCUUCUCAGACGCCCUCGAGCGGAGCACAGGGGGUGAAAGGACAGGAUGAUUUCAGGAAGAUGCUGGGAGGGGGUUGAUGUGGCUGCUACUUAUCUGCGUGUGUCCUCAGUUAUAUUAUCCCUUUGCUAUGUAUGCUGUUCAAUAAUUGGAGGAGCUUCGUUCUAC